UUUAUAUUUAUAUAGUAUAUAUUUUUUGUGCGUGUUGUCGAUACACAGUAUCACCCGAUAUAUACAUAUAUAUGUAUAUAUGUAUAUGUAUAUAUAUAUAUAUGUGUGUAUGUAUGUACAAUCUGUGAAGGAACAAGUGAAACGUCUGGGCGUUUGAGUCUGAACUGAUAGAUCGUGUAUCUUCUUCGUUUUUUUUUUUUUUUUUUCUAAUCGAUAAAUCGAUAAAGAAAACUAAGGUCGAGAACGGAAAAGCAAAAAAGAUCAUAGAAGUUCUGAUCGGACAGUGUUCUUCUUCGUCUUCGUCUUCUUCGUCCUCUUCUUCAUCUUCUUCUUUUUCUUCUUCUUCUUCUUCUUCUAAAUUGUUCUUCGCGGAAUCAUGAGCAAAACGUGCAAAGGUGUUAAAGACAUAGUCGGCCUGGAGGAAGUAGCAAAAAUCGAAUUUUUGGUGCCACUUUUUGCCGAGGCCCUUGGAACGUUCCUAUUGGUCCUGAUUGGUUGUGCCUCGUGUAUAACAUGGGUCGAAGGGCAAUCACCUACUGUACUUCACAUAGCAUUUACCUUUGGCCUUGCAGUCGCGGCUUUAGCACAGUUUUUAGGCCCAAUCUCUGGUUGUCACGUAAAUCCUGCGGUAACGAUCGGUCUUUUCGUCAGCGGCAAUUGUUCCAUCCUGAAAACACUUUGUUACAUCGUUUGUCAAAGUUGCGGAGCAAUAGCUGGUGCCGUUGUUUUAAAGAUGUUAACACCAGCUCAGCAACUGAAUCAAGGAUUGGGUGCAACAGAUUUGGCUGAAGGUGUUGAGGCAGGUCAAGGUAUCGUUAUGGAGGCAAUUAUCACAUUUCUUCUGGUUCUGGUGGUACAUGCUGUUACAGACCCAAAAAGAAGCGACACGAAAGGAUGGGCACCUUUAGCUAUAGGUUUAGCCAUUUCUGUGUCGCACAUGGCCGCAGUACCAUUCACAGGUAGUAGCAUGAAUCCAGCGAGAUCAUUGGGUCCUGCCGUUAUCCUAACAUAUUGGUCGAAUCAUUGGGUUUAUUGGGUUGGUCCAAUAGUCGGUGGUGUUAUCGCCGGUGGCCUUUAUAAAAUCGGCUUCAGGAGUACGAAGGAAAGCGACGAGGCUUCUUACGAUUUUUAAUAUGUUACUAAUAAGAAAAAAUAAGAAGAAAAGAAGAUAACGAAAAAAAUAAAUAAAUAAAAAAAGAAAGAAAGAAAAUAAAAAAAAA